UCCGAAUCUGUUAGCACCACAGGACAGAAGCCUGGUGAAUUUUGGCCUAUUGGGACUGCAGAAAGAUGAGUCCUGCCACGUCCAUGGAUGAAGAAGAAAAAGACACUUUUAAAAUUUUAGUUGCUACAGAUAUUCAUCUGGGCUAUUUGGAGAAGGAUGCUGUGCGUGGAAAUGAUACGUUUGUAACUUUUGAUGAAAUCUUGAAACUUGCUCAAGAUAAUAAGGUGGACUUUAUUUUAUUAGGUGGAGAUCUCUUUCAUGAAAAUAAACCUUCCAGGAAAACAUUACACACUUGCAUAGAAUUAUUAAGGAAAUAUUGCAUGGGUGACCAUCCUGUGCAGUUUGAAAUUCUGAGCGACCAGUCAGUUAACUUUGGUUUUAGCAAAUUUCCAUGGGUCAACUACCAAGAUGAAAAUCUCAAUGUUUCUAUUCCAGUUUUUAGUAUCCAUGGCAACCAUGAUGAUCCAACAGGGGCAGAUGCGCUUUGUGCUUUGGACAUUUUGAGUUGUGCCGGACUUCUGAAUCAUUUUGGGCGAUCACCAUCUGUAGAGAAGAUAGAUGUUAGCCCUGUUUUGCUUCAGAAGGGUAAUUCAAAAAUUGCUCUCUAUGGACUAGGAUCUAUUCCAGAUGAGAGAUUGUACCGAAUGUUUGUGAAUAAACAAGUGACCAUGCUGCGGCCAAAGGAAGAUGAGGAUAUUUGGUUUAAUCUGUUUGUAAUUCAUCAGAACAGGAGUAAACACGGUGCCACGAAUUAUAUUCCGGAACAGUUUUUAGAUGAUUUUAUUGAUCUUGUAAUUUGGGGUCACGAGCACGAAUGUAAAAUAUCGCCAACUCGAAAUGAGCAGCAGCUUUUCUAUGUUUCUCAGCCAGGAAGUUCAGUGGUCACAUCCCUGUCACCAGGAGAAGCUGUGAAAAAGCAUGUUGGCUUGCUGCUCAUCAAGGGCAAGAAGAUGAACAUGCAGAAGAUUCCUCUCCAGACGGUGCGGCCUUUCUAUAUCGAUGACGUUGUUCUAGCUGAGCAUCCAGACAUCUUUAACCCCGACAAUCCCAAAGUAAUGCAAGCCGUACAAGCUUUCUGCAUGGAGAAGGUAGAAACUAUGCUGGACAAUGCAGAAAGAGCUCGUCUUGGAAAUCCUCGGCAGCCGGAGAAACCUCUUAUAAGAUUGCGAGUGGAUUACAGCGGAGGCUUUGAACCAUUCAGCGUCGUCCGUUUCAGCCAGAAAUACAUGGAUAGGAUAGCCAAUCCAAAAGAUGUCAUACAUUUUUUCAGACAUCGGGAGCAAAAAGAGAAAAAUGAAGAGGAGAUUAACUUUGGCAAGUUUGUUCAAAAGCCUGCAUCAGAAGGAGCAACUUUGAGGGUGGAGGAUCUUGUGAAGCAGUACUUCCAGACAGCAGAGAAGAAAAUGCAGCUCUCCCUCCUGACUGAAAGGGGCAUGGGAGAGGCGGUGCAGGAGUUUGUGGACAAGGAGGAAAAAGACGCAAUAGAAGAACUAGUGAAAUUCCAGCUAGAAAAGACCCAGCGGUUUCUGAAGGAACGGCAUAUAGAUGUAGAGGAAGCAAAAAUCGAUGAAGAGGUGCGGCUGUUCAGAGAGUCAAGAAAAAAGAAUACUGAGGAGGAAGACAAGGAAGUUCGUGAGGCUAUCAACAGGGCCAAAUCCCACAGAUCUCAGGGAGCUGAGCAGGAUGUUGUCAUGAGUGACGACGACCUCAUGGCCGCAGCUAAUGAUGAUUCAGAUGGGGAUCUUCCUUCGGCACCCAGCAGGGGAAGAGGCAGAGGAAGAGGUCAGGCAAGAGGCGGAAGAGGGCAGAACCCACCAGCGAGAGGAGCGCCUCCACGAGGAAGAGGUCAACAGCAGACAAGCAGCAGUAGAACCUACAAUCCUGGAUCCACUUCUACGAAGAACAUGUCUAUCUUGGAUGCUUUUAAAUCACCAAGGCAGCAGCCCUCCCGGAACGUUCCUGCCAAGAGUUAUUCAGAGGUAAUUGAAGAUGAUGACUCCGAUCUGGAAGAAGUGUCCUUUACUCCGUCUUCCACAGCAAAUCAAAGGUUGUCGAGCUCGGCAGCACCCAACAAAAGGAGUUCUCAGAGCCAAGCAACAAGAAGAGUUGAGACUCUGUCCGACGAGGACGAGUUCGACCCGUUCAUGGGAAGUUCUGCUUCAAGAAGAAACAGACGAUAAUUUCACAGUCCAUUGUACAGAAGGAUAAUGGGGGGGGAAAGGGAGCACAGAUCUUCCCCGUAUUCUCUGAAGGAAUCAUAAGAGAUAUUCAGCGCUUCCCAAACCAUUUUGCUGUUAAGUUGCAUGUUUGCUUUGAAAUGUUUUGCUUCCAUCACGGACGAUUAGUUGUUACGGAACCUGUCUAUGCAGUUACCACUUGAAGGGCUUGAGAAUACUCUCUGGAAAUUACCGUCUCCAAUAGCAGAACCUAUUUUUUUAAGAGAAGAAAAUCUGUCAAGAAGACAACUAGGUAUCUUUUUUCCUGUCGCACAGAAACGUUAAACUUCUUAGUAUUAUGGGAGAGUGAAUCAGAACUGUAUAUGUAACAUAGUUCAGAAAUAGUGGCAACCUAUAGGGUUAAAUUCUACAGAGGGUUCCCCCAAAACGAAGAGAGGGCAUGAUAUAUUAUUUUUCCUUCCCGCUGCCCUUGGGGAGUGCCCCGGGGGCACCAUUUUGGGAGGCUAUUUCGGACUGCAGCAGGAGGGAAGAGGCGAGGAAAAUCCAUUUCACUGGUGGACAUGAUGUGUGGGAUCCAAGCCAAUAUGUGAAAGAGCCACAAGGGACCUUUGGGCUCACAUGCUGCCCCUCCCCUCCCCCUUUUGUCACAAAUCAUGGUUUGCUAGCACAUCCAAACCAGCAGGCUACAGUUCACGCUUUCCCUAUAAACCAUUGUUUGUAGUCUUAUUUGUCAUUUUGGAUGUAGUUGGCCAGCUGCUGUUUGUUGCAGAAGCCAACUCCUUAUUGGCUGCCCCGCGGGAAGGGAGGGGGCAUGGGCUUGCGCAUCCGCAGGUUCAUCUGCACAGCGGCAAACACUGGUUUGCUCUUUAUAUCUGAACCAUGCCUGGAUGUGUGAACGGGCAACAUCCUUGCUGCCCACGCCCGACACGUUUUAGUCAGGGAAAAGGGAUUUUGUAUCACUUUAAAACGAUUCCAAAGGCCAUAUCGAUAGAACUCCCAUCUGUCUCUGUCGUGAAUUUUUUUUUGUUGCCUCCUGUAAGAGGAGCCUGCAAAGUGUUUGGAUAGAAUGUCUGAUUUUUCUCAUGAAGUCAUUUACGACCUUUUGAAGCACUUUUUUGGCGCAAAGGCCUACACAUACGCAGAGCAUAUACAUGUAGCUGUAGGACUAUGGAUGCACAGAAGUGUUCCUCUAGGAAUCCCAACGGUAGGCGAUCUUCGUUGAGCGAAUACUGGUUGGAUGUCUGCAGUUAAAAGCUGGCGUGAGUUUUACGGUUGUGGAUCAAAAGCAGUUCAUUGAGAAGAUGGUACAUACAUGCCGGUACUCAACGACUAUUUCUUAUUUCAGGUACCUGUGCUUUGUUCCACGUCCCAAAUAGCCUCCAUUGUUUCAAUAACUUGGGGAAAAAGCAGUAUAACAAGGGACUUACCUGAAGAUCAAUUCAACAUUUCCAACCCUUUGUAGUGGAUCAGCUUGAAGUGAUAUGAUAUAUUUUCAUAUGGAAAGUCCAUGUUGUAUUUUUAUAGAUAUUUUAACCAUCUUGGGGGGGGGGAAACGAGGAAUGUUACAUGUGUGUGCAAAAGGCUGGUGGUUUUCUGAAUUUUUUAUAUUUCUCCUGUGUUAUUUGAUCAAGAUUUCUGUGUGUUUUAGAAUAUUCAGGAAUGUUGGUUUGUUUUGAUUCAACAAGGAAGCAUAUUAGAGGCCCUGGAGGUUGCAAUAAGAAGAAAUGGGCAGUAGCGGUUGUGUCUAAAAUAAGGCGCCUUGUCUUUGGAUUCUUCUGGGUCGUUUUCGUUUUCUGAAUCCUGAUAACUCUUCCUAGUCUUAAUGUUUUGGUUUUCCCUUGCCUAUUAUACGUAGCAGCUGGACUAUAGACAAGUGUCAGGUUCUGUCACCCUGUGUGCAGCCAUUCUGAGAACAUUCAAAGGAGAAGCCAGGACGCUAGUAAAAUUUCCAUUGCCAAAUACCCAGAAGGGAGAGAAAACUGCCCCACAGCCAGAGAAGGCUUUACUUACUGGAGUGGGUCAAGGGUCCAUAUGGAAACUGAUUAAUAUUGGGUUGCCUGCUGGAGAUGGGGGAUACCGCAUUCCUACCUACAUAGCACAAAAUGGCAGUUUCAAAAUGGGAGUCGGUUUCCAUGUGUAUCAAAACGAAUCAUAAGUCUUUGGUUCCUGACAGAUACGUGAGUUGGGCCCUUAUUGACAGAUAGGAGGUCAUGGGUGCAAAAAUACUUUCUUCUAGCUGUGCUUGAUUUACUCUUCAACCUGAAUAACGCUAAGUGUUUUUUUCUCACCCUUGUCUAGAAGUAAAGAGGUCUACAAGGAUCACAAUCUAUUAUGGUUUACUAGGUGUGAUUUUAAUGUUUUCCCUUCUAAAGACUGCUUUAUAUGCAGUCUUUAUAUGCAGUCCUUCGACCACGGACGCUGCAUGCAAGUUGUGUGUAUGUUUUUCAUAUAUAAAGGCGUCUGGCUUAUUAAAACCCAACACUUACGAC